CCCUGUGGCUGCAUGUACCCUCUGCUUGUAAGUGUUUCCAUCUGACUUGCACCCUCGCCUCUCUAUUUCCGCUCGGGACACCUCUGUCCUCACCCAGCCAGCUGGAGGAGACAAAGCCCCUGGGUGCCGCCGGCGGGCAGGGGGCGGCUGUAACCGACGUGGCAUGGAAAGUCUCCGCUAGGCUGGCAGCUGCUCCCCAAGACCCAGCCCAGCCUCCGGCCGCGGCUCAGCAUGCCGGGCUCGGCGCCUGCACAGAAACAUGGGUAGGCAGAGUCCUGGGCUCCUCUCUCUGCGCUCAGAUGUUUGCUUCUGGAGCAUCUCUGGUUUGGCGGGGAAAGGCUCAGCAGCGAAGUCCGUAGCCGCCUUCCUGCAGCUUGAAGGACUGAACUUGCCGCUCCCCCCGCCCUGCCCCGCACGCUAAUCCCUCGCAGAUCUGGCCAUGGGGUGCGGGCUCAGGAAGCUGGACGACCCCGAGGACAGCAGCCCUGGGAAAAUAUUCUCCACCCUGAAGAGACCGCAAGUGGAAACAAAGACAGAAGUUGCUUACGAGUACGUGCUGCUGGAUUUUACUUUACAAGCGUCACCAAACCCGGAAGUCAUCAGGAUCCAUUCCCUCCCAGAUAUAGUGACAAAAGUGGAGGAGUUCUACCUUAAAGGCUACGUGGUGGGGGCGAUCCACCCUGUCCUACAGCCGGUGCGCCAGCGGAGACACCUGCCCGCCAGCCACCUGUACAGGGUGGUGCUGUCGCGCCUGAAAUUAAGCCCGAAGCUCUCAGCAGCGCCCAGCAGACAGAGACGCCCACGGCUGGUGAUUGAGGAAUGUCCUCUAACGCAUGAGACCCAAGCAAACGACGUAGCAAAAGAACUGAUAGAAAAGAUCAAUGAAUCUUCUAGGCGAGGACGGAGGUUUGUGGGACUCCUAGCCCAGCAUUCCGCGCCGUUCUGCAACGGGACCGGGACCGACCUCCACGGAGACGGAGAGCCCGCCCUGCCGGGGCGCCACUCCUCUGAGGAGGAGAACGGGCGAAGCUGGAGCGAAGGCCCCCUCGGCGGGCAGCCCUGGGAGAGUGGGGCGGACGGAGAACUCCACCAGGACGGCGGGCCCUGCCAGCGGGAGCCACCCGGCAGCCCCAGGGCCUCCACCACGGCCAAGGGAGAAGAUAACAAGUUGUAUAUAGUCUUCAACGUGUUUGAUGAUGAACCCACCGGCUGGACCUACCAGGAGGGCGUCCUGUCCAUGAAGGUCACGAGGAAAGGACCCGUCAUUAGCACACUUGAUGCCGACUGGCUGGAGUUAACGACAUUCUAUUAUAAGCAAGGCUUGUCUCUAAUUGACUGCUUUGUGUGCUGGGAAACACCAAAAGGGGACCACGUGCCUAAAGCGCUGGACGGGUUCUUCGUCUACGAAGAAGAAGGCUCCAGGCUGCCCGGGUCCAGCCACACAGGAAAUGACGCCAUCGUGGUGGAGCAGUGGACUGUUAUCGAGGGCUGCGAGAUCAAGACGGACUACGCGCCCCUGCUGCACACGCUGGCCGAGUUUGGGUGGCUCCUGACAGGCGUGCUGCCCACACCGAUCCUGAGACAGGACAGCGAAGGGAAUUUGGCUACGAAGCAGGUGGUGUUUCUUCAGAGGCCCGCUAUGUGGAACUCAGCGGCUCAGACCCCAGAGAGGAAGGCCAGCCGGCACGGGAAAGGCGAAGACAGGCACAAAGUCGGCAGCAGGAGCAUCGGCCUGGACACGGCCACGUCCCAGCCCACCGAGCACGGCGCCCCGCCCGAGGGCCUCCCCCCUCCUUCCAGGGCGCCCUGGAUGCCGGGGCCCGCCCUGUCGGGGCUGGGCCUCCUGCGGGACCUGGACGACGGGCCGCUGGACCAGGAGGACGGAGUGACGCAGGUCACGUGUAUGUGACAGGGAGCCGGCCCAGGGCCCUGCACACGGUCCUUCACCCACC